UUCUUUUCUUGGCUAAGUCGCGUUGGUACUGUGUCUUACCAUGCCUGAACCGGCAAAAUCCGCUCCUGCUCCUAAGAAGGGCUCUAAGAAAGCGGUCACCAAAGCCCAGAAGAAGGACGGCAAGAAGCGCAAGCGCAGCCGCAAGGAGAGCUACUCCAUCUACGUGUACAAGGUGCUGAAGCAGGUCCACCCCGACACCGGCAUUUCAUCCAAGGCCAUGGGCAUCAUGAACUCCUUCGUCAACGACAUCUUCGAGCGCAUCGCGGGGGAGGCGUCCCGCCUGGCGCACUACAACAAGCGCUCGACCAUCACGUCCCGCGAGAUCCAGACGGCCGUGCGCCUGCUGCUGCCCGGCGAGCUGGCCAAGCACGCCGUGUCCGAGGGCACCAAGGCGGUCACCAAGUACACCAGCUCCAAGUGAGUCCCUGCCGGGACCUGGCGCUCGCUCGCUCGAGUCGCCGGCUGCUUGACUCCAAAGGCUCUUUUCAGAGCCACCCACCUAAUCAUUAGAAAAGAGCUUGUUCACUUCCUUAGUUUCACAAAGUGAGUUAUUUUAGCGUAAGGGUCGUGGGAAAUAGCACACGUUGCUUAAUCAUUUGGAACUCGAGGUCCCCAGUGCAUGAUUGGAUUUGCUUUUGAAUCUAGAGCGUGUCUUUAUUAAUUGUGCUGCUUAGCUUUCCCAGGAGUCCGUUCUCAUUUACGAUGUUGGGAAUCCGACUCUUUGCCAGCCCCCACCCCCGCCUCACACGCUGGCGCCCUGGUGGCUUCGUUGGGUCUGUUUCAUCAUUCUAAAACGAAGUGGCUGAGUCCGGCUGUCACUUAAGAGAACUCUGGGACACAAUUCAGUCCGGGUUCCGCAAACACUGCGUGACAGCUCUGUAUGACUGACGCUUCGCGGCAGCUUUUGUGUCCGGUUACCAGUUCUGCCCUGGGAUGGGGCCUCCUGUGGAUGCCAGCCGUUCUGUGUACUUUGGACGAAGCCCGCGCAGCCGGGUCCCAGCCUUUUCCUGAUUGGGCGACAUGACUAUUCAAAAUUCUGCGCAGCUUUCUAAUUUGUAGAUUUCAGUUUCCGUGGUUCGCUUUGAGACUCCUAUUUCUGGGUUUGUGGAUAAUUUUUGCGUUUAAUGGUGUCUGCUUUAAAUGGUAACGCUACGGCCCCGGGUCGCUGUAAGACACCAUGUAGAUAUGAGUUCAAAAGUCACCCGAGACCUUCUACGUCAUCCACUCAGGAAUUCGCGCCUCUCAUAGUUCCCGGUCUGGUUUUAUCUUCCUCGUAGCAGCUGUCUGAAAUUGGCUUGUCUGUUUUCUUGUUCAUGGCAUUCUCAAGCCCUUGACAGACCGGACGGUCUAGUUUUCCCGUGCAUCUUCAGCUCCAGUCAGAGUCUGGCACAUUAUGGACACUUAAAUACUACGUAUUGAAUUAAUAUUGUUGGGUUAAUUUUUCCA